AGGCGGAAUGCAAGUGAGGAAGUGUCGGAAAACAGGUGGGGAUAAACGCUCCGCCGCACCAGGUGACGUGCAGUAAACAGGAGAGGAGGAGCAGGAGCUGCGCUUCCCUCAUCGACUCAAGGCAGCGCCGCUGCUGUCUGAACACGAGCUAGACAGAAAAGAUGCUUUAAUUCAUUGACGCUAAAUGCUGCUACAAUGGAGCCUUCCAGAAGGAGUGAAAGUGACUGGCAGGGUCUGGUGAGCGAGUUCCUCAUAUGCAGGCGUAAGCUGGAGAGUAAGAAGGAGGCUCUUCUGAUUCUGUCCAAGGAGCUGGACACAUGCCAACAGGAGAGAGAUCAGUACAAGCUGAUGGCCAAUCAGCUUCGUGAGAGACAUCAGGGCCUGAAAAAGAAAUACAGAGAACUUAUUGAUGGAGAUCCUACAUUGCCACCAGAGAAACGCAAUCAGGUGAAUCUGGCUCAGUUGUUGAGGGAUUCACGGGAGAGGUGUAAGCAGUUAGUAGAGGAGGUGAAGGAGCUGACUCAGAGACUAACUGAGGCUCAGGGAGACAACAAGCUUUUGAGAAUGACCAUUACUAAACAGAGACUAGGAGAUGAUGAAGUUGGAGUCCGACAUUUCCCAGCCCACGAACGCGAAGACCUGGUUAGGCAGCUGGAGGAGGCAGGGCUGCAGAGAGCAGAGCUGGAGAACAGUUUGAAGGCUGUGAGUGAUGAGUUAGAGGACGUGAAGGCUGAAAGGACUGUGUUCCAGGAGAAAGCUAACCGCCUCAACGUGGAGCUCAACCACAUACUGGGUGGCCGGGGCAAACGCAUCAUUGAUGUGGAUGCCCUUUGCAUGGAGAAUAGGUAUUUGCAUGAAAGGCUUAAACAAGUGCAAGAGGAAGUCAGUCUCUUGAAAUCCAAUAUAAUGAAGUACAAGACUGCCCUGGAUAGGAGAAAGGACUCUAAAGUGGGUGGCACAUCUAACAGAAAUGCACUUACUGGAGUGCUCUCUGCCAGACAAGUGCAAGAUUUGCUGCUUGAAGACAGCGGAUGCAGUCUUCCAGCCACUCCUCAGUCUAUCUCUGACCUGAAGUCUCUGGCCACAGCGCUGCUGGAGACCAUUCAUGAAAAGAACAUGGUUAUUCAGCACCAACGCCAGACCAACAGGAUUUUGGGGAACCGAGUGGAGGAGCUGGAGAGGAAGCUGAAGACACUGGAGGUAUCUGGGCUUUGGAGUCUGCCAGGCCUGACCUACAACCUAUCGCUGGGAUUAGGGAGAGGUAAGGAUGCCAUUACCCUGAGCGAAAGUCAGCACGCCACCCCGCCUGCCUCGCUUGGCCUUCCACUGCAACCUGUGCCCACUGAAUCCAGCAAUGCGCGGCCCCCCACAGAUGACAGGACAGGAAGUGGAGGGCUAUCAUCAUGGGAACAGGACACAGCUGGUGAUGACAGCUUCCUGAACGUGUGGCCAGGCUCCCGCCCCAGUCCAGAUGGAGGUGGAGACAAGGUGGAGACACCUGUCACAUCUGAGCAUGGGGAAGAGAUGGUCUCUGGUGGGCCUGAAAUCAUGAAACAGACAGAAGAGCAGCCAAAUGCUGAAGUAGAAGAGGGGCCUUUAGCGGAGUUGGGGCCUAUUGCAAAGCUGGGCCCUAUCGCAGAGCCUGUCGUAGAGGAGGGGGAGGUUGUAGAGGGGGACAGCAGCUUCACCGUGGAGGAAGGUGAAGAUGCUGCAAUGUCAUUGGCUUCUCCACUGUCUGAUACCUCAGAUUUUUCUCCAAGUCUCAAUUCAACACACAACACUUCCAAUGGCAUUGAGCAAAGUCAACAUGAAGGCUACAGCUGUCAUGGCUUCAGAAAGGUGUCAAAUGUAGCGAUUAAUCCGGAACAUAUUUUGCAAGAGAAUAGUCCUGCUUCCAUUUCCGAAGAGUCCAAUCAGUCAAACCCUUCACCUCUUACACAAAGUUGGAAUCGGGACUGUCAACCAAGAGAAAAUGAUGGCUGUCGUGGUGAAAGUGUGGCUUAAGUAUUAAUCAUGUUCUUCUCCAUUAUCAGAGAAUCCUGAAUUUUGAAGUCUUCAAAACAUGAGUCUUCAUUUUUUAUGUACAACUGUCUGGCAUGUUUCAUGAACUUCAAGAUCCACUAGGGCUGAUUUGGACCAAAAGUGAUUGCUUUUGUGUAGCUGCUGACCUUAGUCAGAACAGAGGGAACAUGAAAUAUUGGGCCAGCGUUGAAAAUCGUGUUGAUUUCUGUGUUCCAUUCAUUAAUUUUAUUCUGUUUGUUUGCCUCCACCUAUGUAUGUUUGUCACUAAUUGAGUUAUAGUCUACUGAAUAAAAAUUAAGUCUAGCAUCAGACUCAAAUUCACUAGCAAUGGUGGCUGCUUUUCCAUCAAAAUGGAUAUGAGUUGCGCUCACUCUAAAAUGCCAUUUAUUUGCAUGUGUCAUUGGCUGUUACGAUAAAAUAUCAUCAUAUUGGCCACUCCUUUUUUCCAAGUAUAUGUACUUAUUCCAAUCCCGGUAUAUGCUCUAAAUAUUUCAAGUUGGAGUCCAAGAAUUGGUGUCAUUGAAGUGCUCACACUUUCAAGCAUGUGUUUACACUUUACAUCUAGUGCAGUUAGACUUAUUGUUCAGGGUUAAUGUGUUCGAUAUUCAGAGUUAUCUAAAGAAAGCCUGUCUAAAAAUUGAUUUUGUAAAAAUUUUGUUAAAAUAAUUGCAGCCAUUUUCUUUAGUUUUUUUUGAUAGGGGAAAUCCUUUUAUUUUUUAAACUUUCUGCAUAAUUCAAUCAUUAAGAUGUUAACAAAAUUAUCCAGAGUGGUUGGAUGUGAAAUUUGUUGUAGAUAAACUUACCAAUUUAUUUACAGUGGUGGUGAUUAGAACCAGUGUUGAGAUGUGUAGAAUAAAAACUAUAGCUAUGUACUGUCUGAAGUAAUGCAGUGAUCCUACAAAUCUUAUUAAUUUCAUAUGUUGAUUAUGGUAAAAGUGUGAUAAACCUGGGAAAAAAAGUUUACUUUGGUGCCAUUUUCCUUAUAGUGCUGUAUGAAGCUCUCCACCAGAGCACAAAACCUUAUUGGACAAUUAUCAUAAAACAGUGUUUUAGGCAUCAGAACAUGUUCAUAACCAUUCUGUGUAAUAACUUUUUUGAGGGAGCUUUUAGAGGUGUUACACACUUCAGAUGUCUGGCUCCGGUCACCACACGUGUGAAUAGUUCUGAUGUGGUUAGAACCAAGUAGUUCUACAUCAUUUCAGACUAGAACACAGCAUUUCACAUCAAACUACUUAGUGAUUAAAUUAUUGACACAUUUUGAAAAAAUCAAUGGAAUUCCCCUUUAAUAAUAAUUGCAUAAUAAAAUAAUUUAAUAAUAAUUGCAAUGUAUGAUAACACACUGCUACAUCUCAAAUCAUGGGUUAUCAAAUAUGUGAAUGUUACUAUUUAACUUAUUAUACCAUCAUUUAAAUGAAAAGCCUGAAUUUCUACUACAGUGCUUUGCUGCUGCAUGUGCCUUAUAAACUAUAAAGUGGCCUGUGCUUUCUCUAUUAGUGGAAACAGAUUGAAUGUGUGGGACCAGCCUAUGAUGUGUGUGUUUGUGUGUAUGUAAUCUUGAAACUGUAUACAUGUUUGACCAAAUACAAAUCUAUAUUUUCUCAA